AUGCAUGAGUUAGUUCAAUGUAUUGCCUUUGUCUAUUUUACCACUAGGGUACCUAUGCAAUUCCCCAAGUUUAGGAAUUCGAAUAGCGGAUGGAAGUCCCGAUUUUUCUUCAUCCGGCCUUCAAAGGGUCAGUUUUCUUUUAACACAAACUGGCGACACCCCCAAAUUCGUCUCUUCAAUAGCCAAGUAGAAGCUACUCCCUUUCUAGAAGCUCAAAUCCAGGACUUGGUUGAUGUUCCGCCCCUUGCACCUGACUUAGGGUCAGUCCUUACCAUGAAGAACAUGUUGAAAGUGGGGAUGAGUCGUCCAAUUGGUAUGGACUUUGAUCUUGAUGAGGUAUUGAGGACUCUGCCAGGAGGAGAUGAGGGCCUUACCCUCGUUGAUGGGGCCGAGCUUGAUCUGGAAGGAGUCCUGGACUCCAUGCCUGACCAGGGGCAGGAGGGUGAGGUGGAUCCUUUGCCUAUCCCUUCAAAGAGAAGAAGGGGGGCCGACCUUGGGAGAAAGUCUCAGACGAUCAACGAGACUUCUCAGCCUUUAGAUGAGCCUCGUGAUGUGGUUCCAGCUCCUAGGCCGGGAGCUCCUAGUCGUGCGCGAUGUGAGCGCGAGGACUCGCUUCCUAGCUUUGGGUUUCCUCCCACCCGGGGCUAUCAUGAGAUGGGGGUGCUUAAGUCGUUGAUGACCCCCGCUCGAUCCAUAGCGAUCGCAGGGCGCAGCGCAGAUGACAUAGAAAGGGCUGCGGCUGUUUAUCUUCAGAGGGUGGUGGCCCUCCAGACCGGACUCGCUGAAUCGAAUCGCCGCUAG